AUGACGCGCAUCGUCGAUCACAUCGAAAGCGCUUGGUCAUCCGGUCAUCAGCGCAAGUUGAUGCAAAGGGCGACUUCACGGCUGCAGCAUCUGAGUAACGCGUUGGGCACGGGCAGCAAGAGACGAUCGUCGAGCAUGUCGUUCUGGGACAAUGAGCGAUUCAAGGAUUGCCCAAAGGAAGUCAAAGAGGCGAAAGGUCUCCAUCUCAUCACAAUGUCGACUCCCAACGGCAAGAAGGUCCAAGUCGGCUUGGAGGAGCUCAAGGAAGCCUAUGGUACCGAGUUCACCUGGUCACAUGUCAACAUUAUGACCAAUCGCCAGAAGGAGCCUUGGUUUCUCGCGCUCAAUCACAAUGGCCGGAUCCCCGUCUUGCUCGAUGCAACCAAGAAGGACGAAACAGGCAGGCCCUUCUUGGUCAUGGAGACAGCGGCUAUCCUUCUCUACCUAGCCAAGGAACACGACUCCAACGACAAGUUUGGCUUCAAGGACGAAUUCGAGCGCAACGAGUGUCUCCAAUGGAUGUUCUUCGGACAUGGCGGCAUCGGUCCCAUGCAAGGCCAGCUCAACCAUUUUGGCCACAAGGACGAAAAGAUCGAGUACGCCAUCAAGCGAUAUCAUGACGAGACCUUGCGACUCUAUGGCGUACUCGAUGGCAGGCUGUCCGGCUCCUUCACCGGCGGCCCCGAACGCGAGUACCUCGCCGGCAAGGGCAAGGGCAAAUACAGCUGGGCAGACAUCUCCAUCAUUCCCUGGGUAGCCAUGUACGAGCGUAGCGGUAUCGAGCAAGCAGAGAUGGACAAGCUGCCUCAUCUGCAAGCUUGGAUAAAGCGAUGCACAGAUCGUCCGGCGGCCAAGCGCGGCUUUGAAAACUAUGCCGAGCCAGGUUCGAAAUAA